AUGUCACCUGAAGUGACGUCACCUGCACUACCACCAUUGGAGGACCUGAGACCAGAAGUCAACGCAGAGAAGGCCGAAUCCCCCAGAGGAGAACAUGAACCACCGACAGCUGGACCCUGGACUGCAUGGGACCUGCCUGAAGCCCCGGACAUCGCCAACGCCAGCAUUUGGAAGAGGGACACCACUGCUGCAAUGGAUUCGCUGGACAAAGCUGUUGAAGGCCCAGGGGAUUCUGAUGUAAGUGAUAAUCAGCCAACAGAUAAAAGUUGGCAUAGAAUUCUCAAAUUGAAAUCACAAUUUAGCCCCACCCCAAGUAAUAUUUCACCUCACUCUGUGACAUUGCUUAACUUGGUCUGUAAUGAUAUUCUAAAGAUUCACAAGUCUAAACAGACUGUUGGAGCUAACUUAUCAAAAUCAGAAAAAGAAGCCCUAAAGGAACUGUCAAUUUGGACAGAUGUGCAAAUAAAAAACAGUGAUAAGGGGAUUAUUGAUAGUAUAAUUGAAGAAAGCCAGAAGUCAAUUAAUGAUAAAGAUGAACAUACAACUACAGAGGAAGAUCCAGAAGCUUUGGGUCUAACUUCAGCUUCCACUAUUGUAAACACUGACCAAAGUGUUCUGAGCAGUAUCCCUGAAUUGAUCAUAACAGAGACAACUUUCCCAGAAGAUGGAGAAGAGCUACCAUCUCAACAGCUAAAUUACUAUUCUGAGAUAGAGCUCAGUAGAACAUCUACAGAUUUAGAUUCCAUUGAACAUUCAGAGGAAACCUCUAAAAUUGCAGAUAUUGUAGAUCUUGUGCAGGAUCUAAAUUUAGGCAAAAAUGUGGAGUCACAAAAAGCAUUAAUCCAAGAGGAGUUAACGGAAUCCAAACUGAAAGACAUUUUGCAAGACCCACCUUCAGAAAUACUGACUUCAGAUCCCAAAGAUCAAUUUGCUCCUGUUAAACCCCCAAGGCAGAUUAUUGCCGAACCUGAUAUAGUUGCAAGCACUAAGAAACCAGGGCCUAUUCGUCCUCCACCCCCAAUAAAUGUUCCCCCGCCACGACCACCACCACCUGCACGACCUGCACCACCACCACGCAAGAAGAAAGGUGAUUCAGAUUUUGACAGUCCGAGAUCUUCAGGCUUGGAUUUUACAAAAGAUGCUUUCUUGGCCGGCAGUCUUCUCUCUCCAAACCCAAUAACAGAGGGCAUAAACAGAGGAGAUUCUCAACCAUCCCUGGACUUAGCCAGUGCAACAAGUGGAGACAAAGUAGUUACAGCUCAGGAGAAUGGUAAAGCCGCAGAUGGGCAGUUAUCAUGUACAGCAACUGAAAGCCUUGGGCCCCAGAGACCUCGGUCUAACUCAGGAAGAGAACUCACUGAUGAGGAAAUCUUAGCAAGUGUGAUGAUUAAGAACUUGGAUACAGGAGAAGAAAUUCCGCUGAGUUUGGCAGAAGAAAAGUUGCCAACAGGCAUUAACCCUUUGACUUUACACAUCAUGAGAAGGACGAAGGAGUAUGUAAGUAAUGAUGCAGCACAGUCAGAUGAUGAAGACAAGCUACAAUCCCAUCAGGCUGAAACAGAUGGAGGAAAACUAAAGCAAAAAACGACUCAGCUAAAGAAAUUUUUAGGCAAAUCAGUCAAGAGAGCAAAACAUCUUGCCGAAGAGUACGGGGAGCGAGCUGUCAAUAAAGUGAAGAGUGUCAGAGAUGAAGUUUUUCAUACUGAUCCUGAUGACCCAUCUUCCAGUGAUGAUGAAGGUAUGCCGUACACAAGGCCUGUGAAGUUCAAAGCUGCUCAUGGUUUUAAGGGACCAUACGACUUUGAGCAAAUCAAGGUGGUGCAGGAUCUGAGUGGGGAGCAUAUGGGGGCUGUAUGGACAAUGAAAUUUUCUCACUGUGGACGAUUACUUGCCUCAGCUGGACAAGACAAUAUAGUGAGGAUAUGGGUCCUAAAAAAUGCUUUCGAUUAUUUCAAUAACAUGCGAAUGAAAUACAACACAGAAGGGCGUGUUUCACCGUCACCAUCUCAGGAAAGUCUUAAUUCUUCCAAAUCUGAUACUGAUGGAAUAUUUUGCAGUGGAGCAGAGGAUAUGGACACAGAUGAUAAAAAUGCACCUUUCAGGCAGAUUCCAUUUUGUAAAUACAAAGGACACACAGCUGAUCUUCUUGAUUUAUCAUGGUCUAAAAAUUACUUCCUACUGUCCUCAUCAAUGGAUAAGACAGUCCGUCUAUGGCAUAUAUCCAGAAGAGAGUGUCUAUGCUGCUUUCAGCAUAUAGAUUUUGUUACAGCAAUAGCUUUCCAUCCAAGGGAUGACAGGUACUUCCUGAGUGGUUCACUGGAUGGAAAACUCAGACUCUGGAACAUUCCUGAUAAAAAAGUUGCCUUGUGGAAUGAGAUUGAUGGACAAACGAAACUCAUUACAGCAGCAAACUUCUGUCAGAAUGGGAAACAUGCUGUAAUUGGCACAUACGAUGGACGCUGCAUCUUCUAUGAUACGGAGCAUUUAAAAUACCACACUCAGAUACAUGUGCGCUCUACAAGAGGGAGGAACAGAGUUGGAAGAAAAAUCACAGGCAUUGAGCCAUUGCCAGGAGAAAAUAAGAUUCUGGUGACAUCCAAUGACUCAAGGAUAAGGUUGUAUGAUUUAAGAGAUUUGUCUCUUUCCAUGAAGUACAAAGGUUGUGUCAACAGCAGCAGCCAAAUAAAAGCAAGUUUCAGUCACGAUUUUACAUAUAUUGUAAGUGGUUCAGAAGACAAAUAUGUUUAUAUCUGGAGUACAUACCAUGACUUAAGCAAGUUUACAUCAGUGAGACGAGAUCGCAAUGAUUUCUGGGAAGGUAUUAAAGCACAUAAUGCUGUUGUCACUUCAGCAAUCUUUGCACCAAACCCAAGCCUGCUGGUUUCACCAGAUACAUCUGAGAGGCAAGAUAUUGAGGAGAAAGGAGAACAAGCUGGAUCAGAUAACAUACCGUCAGGUGCUUUGAAGUCGGAUAAUUCAGAAGUUCUUCUAUCUGCAGAUUUCACGGGUGCAAUCAAAGUGUUUAUUAACAAGAAGAAAAACCCAUCUUAAAACGCUGUAGAGGCGAAAAAAAUGAACCUUUUGUCUUGUAUGAGUAUGAAUCUUUCAAUACACAUCCAUGAUAAACUAACACCAGUAACUGGCUUAAGGAACUCUCUGGAGAUGUCUUCUUAAUUAUUAGACGACUGGAGAUUAUAUAUGAAGAUCACUCAUUCCCCUAAGAACUGUGUGCACUUAUCUGUCUUAUUUUAGUAUUUUUAGCAGUGGAUAUUAUGUCACCAGUAAGAAAAUAGGAUGUGAUCACAAGAGGCUAUUAAGUUGUGCAUGCCAUUGAAUCUGCACCUCUAGCUGCUGAUCGACAGUUUUUUUUGUUUUUAUAAAAAUUAGUCAUUUGAAACCAACCUCUUCAAUACAUGACUGUUAGGGGAGGAAAAUAAAAGAGUAAACAAUGAAUUUAGCCAAUGGGUCAUCCUGGCCACAGAGUUAAAAUUCUUGUUUUUCAUUGCAAGUUCUUUCUAACAAUGAUUGUUCUACGCUCCCAGCAGUUUGGAGUUUGAUACACUGAUGGCCAUCGGGAAAGCAAUAUGCUAUAUAAUGUUAUAGUGACAACAUGUCACAGAGCUUUGUUUUUCUUUUAAAUGUAAUACUUGCCUCCAUAGUCUCUGUUGAAAACGAGAGAAGAGUUAAUAAAACCAAGCUAUUUUAUUGUUUGGUACUCAGGCAGUAAAAUAAAUAAUUCACCUCUGAAGUUUGCAAUAUACAGCAGCAAAACACACUGCAUAAUUUCUAACAUAGCAUGAGCCAGUCUACAUUUGCUGUGUGCAAAGGUAAAACCAUAUUUUCAGAGCCACCUGUAUAUGUGCCUUUUGUGGUUAUGUCCGCAAAGUUGGACACCUAAUACUAAGUUAUUAGAUCUGGCUAGUGUAGACAAGUAAGCAUUAAAGGCAGUUGCUGAAAGAUUAAGGGCCCUAAUUUGCUAUAUUGUGCAAAGUCCUAAAGUACCUUAAAGCCCAUUUAAAUGAGUGGGCUUUAUAGUAUUCUACAACUUAGCAUUAUUUAUUAAAUGUUACCCAUUCUGAGUAGUUUAACAGCUCUUUUUUAUGUAAACAAAAAGCUAUUUUAUUUUGCACAAAAUUUAAAUUUUGCAGAUUAUAUUUGUUGGUGGUACUUAUUGUUAAAAUGAAAUAUGUUUCUACUGGGUCAAAAUAUUGUAGAAGAAAAGUUAAAACAUUUUCGGAUUUGCUUGCUGCCAUUUUUUUUUCUCUAUUGUAGAUUUACAGUUAAUUUGUAUCCCUUGCUAUGCACAUUGGAGCACACCAAUACUGUGUCAACACAUCAAAUCUCAUUCCUUUGUUCUCUCACCAGGCAAAUUAGAAAAAAAUGGGCUGAUAUGAUUUUUUUUUUUUUUUCCUUCGGUGGUGUAAAAAGAUACAUUUGUUUACAUUUUUUUAACUUUAGUAAAGUGAAGCUUUCCUUUUAUGUUUCAAUAUUCUGGGUAAGGACAAUGUCUGUAAAUAUGCACAGUGUACCAAUGAAGUAACAUUCUCGGUCAGAGAACUGGAAAAUGUUAUUGAUGGUCAACAGUGUUAAAUCAUUAAAAGCUGAUCAAAGAAAAUGUUAAAA